GUGAAAACGACACAUGUUUUCACCUUAAUAAAAAAAUUACAUAAACUCCACAUAUAUAUACUUCAUAUGAGUAUAUAAAUACCGUAUAAAUGUCUAGUAUAAGGUAGGUUGAUAGCAAAAUUAUCAAUCAAUUCAAAUAUCAAACAAUGGUAUUCUAGUAACUUUCCAAAAUCCCAUACAAAAAUGGAAAACGAAGAGAGAGAAAAUCAUAACCUUCAUCAAAAUCAACAUAUUCUUCAUCAAAAUCUACUAUUACCAAAAUCACAUAAACAAACCUUACAAUAUGAAGAUGAUGAAUUAAAAAGUCUAAGACUAUUUCUAACAUGGGCUUGUGUUGAUCAAUCAAACCCUUGGAAAACAAGCCUUUCUUGGUCCGUUUUCUUCUUGUUUUGUAUUGGUGUUCCAAUUUUGUCUCAUUUUGUAUUAUAUUGUUCAACUUGUAAAGAUGAAGAUCAUCUUCAACCCUUUGAUUCCAUUGUUGAGCUUUCGCUUUCGGCUAUUUCCAUUCUUUCUUUCCUUAACCUUACCAAAUUUGCUAGAAAACUUGGUCUUAGGAGGUUCCUUUUCCUUGAUAAACUCUAUGAAGAGAGUGAUCGGGUUCGGUUCGGGUACUCCAUACAACUUCAGAGAUCAGUCAAAAUCCUCUGUAUGUUCGUGGUACCCUGUUUCAUUGCUGAUACAGCCUACAAAAUCUGGUGGUACGCCACAGGAGGACCUAAAAUCCCUCACUUUGGCAACCUAAUAUUGAGCCACACUAUUGCCUGCUUCUUGGAGCAAUGCUCUUGGCUAUAUCGAACCUCGAUCUUCUUCCUAGCUUGUGUGCUCUACCGCGUUAGCUGCUACCUUCAGAUCCUUAGGUUCGAGGACUUUGCUCAGGUUUUUCAACUCGAAACGGAUGUUGCAAUGGUUUUACUAGAGCAUUUAAGGAUCAGAAAGACUCUGAGGAUUAUUAGCCAUCGAUUUCGAACAUUCAUUUUGUUUACGUUGUUACUUGUCACUGCUAGCCAGUUUGCUUCUUUGCUAGUCAUUACUAAGUCUGAUGGUGGUAAAGUUGAUCUCUACACUGCUGGAGAAGUCGCGCUCUGCUCGGUAACCCUAGUAACUGGAGUGUGCAUAUGCCUAAGAAGUGCAGCAAAGAUCACACAUAAGGCGCAGGCCAUUACCUCAUUGGCUGCUAAAUGGCAUAUUUGUGCUACGAUAGACUCUUUUGAUGCUGUCGAAGGUCAAACAACUCCAAUCACUCGAUCAUUUUCACCUCUUACGUUCCCCUACUGUACACAUACUGAGUCCGAUGAGGAGGAGGGAGACGGCGAUGACGACCUUGAUAACACUAAGAUGGUUCCUGUUUUUGCAAACACUAUUUCCUACCAAAAGAGGCAAGCCUUAGUGACUUAUUUAGAGAAUAAUAGAGCUGGGAUUACAGUGUAUGGAUUCAUGUUGGAUAGAUCAUACCUCCAUACUAUUUUUGGAGUUGAAUUAUCCUUGGUACUUUGGUUGCUAAGCAAGACAGUGGGCAUUUCAUAAUUAAGAAGUAUGAAGAGAAAUUAAAGAGAAAUAAACACAGAUUUCCUCUUGAUUGGUCACUCAGAUUAGAUUUCUAUUCCUUGUAUAGAAUUUUAUGUCCAAUGGCUUUAUUGAAAAGGUACAUAUCUACAUAAUAUGGUUUAUUUUUUACAUUGAUGUACUAUUAGGGGGAGAAUUUUGUAUGUUUGAUUUUUUAUUUUUUUUUAUUUUAUUUGGUACGAUAUUAGCUGUUAUAGAAAAUUGUAAGUUUAAUGUAAUUUGUAUUAGAAUAGAUCAGAAUUACGGAGUAUAUUGCGUUGUUUCAAUAUGAUAAACUCGGAAGGAGAAAAAACAUAUGUACGCGAGUACUAAUUUUGUAAGGCACGGCAAAAUUAUUAGAUGCAACAUGUAACAUAGAUAUAAAAUAUCUAUUUGUACUA